AUGAACGCCACUUUGGAAACUCCCCCGCUCACUAAUCCGGGAUCGUCCCGUCUCAUCGCGGUGACCAUCUAUUCCUUUCUGGGGUCCAUCGGCAUUCUCGGCAACGGCCUCGUCCUCGUCGUAAUGAUCGCAGUCAAGGAUCUACGGAACAUCACUAACCUCUUCAUCGCCAACCAAUCCGUCAUCGACAUGACCACGUCCAUAUUUCUCUUCGUGACCUUCGUCGCCCCGCAUCCUGCUGUACCGAAGCAGAAGCUGGCUGCCGACAUCAUCUGUUCGUUCUGGAACUCGGGCUACAUUUUCUGGGGGACCAUCAUCACGUCGACGUACAACCUGGCCAUGCUCGCCCUCGAGCGCUACUUCGCCGUCAUGCACCCGGUCGCUUACCGCAACAAAUUUAGCUAUCGACGGGCAGCUGGCGUGGCUGUGGCCCCAUGGAUCAUCGGCUUUGGGUACAACAUCCACUGGAUGGUUGUAAACCAGCACGCAGGUGGUCGAUGCAUCGUCAAAUACGAAAGCUCCUUCAUCCAGGGUUUCAUCGGCUGUUUAACCGUCAUCGUCGAGUUCUUCAUCCCUCUCCUCGUCAUGGCCUACGUCUACAUCCGAAUCGGAAAAAUGAUGCGACAGCGGGUCGAUGACAUCGGAAACACAUCCACGGAACACCGUUCAGAAGUUACCACCGCUGAGCCAGUGCAGGGGCGGAUCCAAGGAUGGGAUGGGGACGCAGGAACGAAUGUGUACUCGUGUUCCCCUUCAUCCCCUGACAGAUUUAGAACCUAA